AUGACGCGAUCCGGCGACAGCAACCGCGCUGCCACCCGCUGGACCAUCCGCGUAAUCCCCUUCUUCAUCGCCGCCGCCUUCGUCCUCGGCACGUACGCAGUCGUCUACCGGCUCUGCGUCCACUACCUGUAUCGCACCAGGGGCAAUUCGGGACUCACGGCCACUUUCCUCGUCCUUUACUUCGUCUUCUUCAUCCUCGCCGUCUCGACCUACCUUCGCACCUUCCUCGCCAUCCAGCUCGAUCCCGGGCUCGUCCCCCUGAUUCGCGACCGCGAUGCCAACGGCAAAAGCCAGGGCCCUCGGCGCACGCGCGGCAGAGACGCCGAGGCGAAUCCGUGGGUGCCGCCGGACCAGAACCCCGACAGCCCCGGCCUCGAGGCCUUCUACAGCAAAGACUGGAAGCCUGACCGCGCCCACCACUCGAGCGAGCUGGAGCGCUGCGUGCGCAAAAUGGACCAUCUGUGUCCCUGGGUGGGCGGCAUGGUAUCGGAGACGUCCUUCAACUUCUUCUUUCAGUUCACCUUUUAUACCACGUGUCUAUGCUCAAUCAGCGUCGCAGCCGGCGCAUACUGUCUUCAGCAGCAGACGGCCCGGGGGUCCUCAGUCGACGGCUGGGUCAUAGCUGCCAUCGCCUUGGCGUCGCUCUUUGGCUUCUUCACCUUUGCCAUGACGUUGACGGCGGCCCGCUUCAUCUUCACAAACAUUACAAACAUUGACAUUCUUAGGAAGACACAGAUCUUUUUUCUCGCCAUUCGCAUCCCCAGGAAUAGCCCGCCCUCGGAUGCUUUCCCCACCAUCAUCUACCCGCUGCAGCGACCUCCCAUUCGGCAAAUGACAGAUGUGGCGAGCCCUCAAAGCAACGGUUACCUGGAGCAUGAUACGGACAGAGACAUGCGGGCAUCGAGAAAGUUUGCCAUUUUACGGACCGAGCCCCGCGAGAACCCGUGGGACUUGGGCUUCUGGGCAAACUGGAAGUCCGUCAUGGGAAACCACCCCAUAGACUGGUUGCUCCCCAUCCGGCGCUCUCCGUGCUGCAACCACGAGAGCAUGGAGAGCGACUACCAGCUCGGCCCGCUGCUGGCAGAUCUCAAGAAGCGAUAUUGCGUCCCUGAGCUCAACGGCGACGUGGGCGGGGUGGUGGAGAUGCACAACACGGAGGCGCCUGCUGUUUGA